AUGACAAGAGCGGUACGGUCUAUCUUGGCUAAACAUGGUGUGAGACAGUAUACUCUACCUGGUUAUAGCCAACACUUGACUUUCUGGGAACGAUCCCAUCGAGAUCUAGCUCAGACUUCCAGGGCUAUCGAGGCAUCUAGUGCUACCCCUGAUGACUAUAUUUUCAGUUAUCUACUGGCGGUCCGCUCUUAUAAUAGCACACCUCGUUAUUGGUCAAGUCUCAGCCCUAGUUCUCUACAUUACAGUUAUCGUCAGAGACUACCUGGUGAUCUACCUCUCGACUUCCCAUCUAUCGAUUGGGACAAACUCGAGGUCAAGUAUCUGAACGUUGACUAUUUGCCCUAUGUAAGGUCUCUACUACCAACUCUAGCUGAUCAACAAGAGAAGAUCAAGAUUACUGUCCAGGAAUACGUCGAUGCCUGGCAACAAAAGCAAGCAGAUCUACGUGAGCGUUCUAUUAGGGAAUCUCCACAAGACUAUAGGCUGGAACUCUACGACUUGGUUUAUAUUAGCGAGACAAGUGACUCUGCUAUUGGUCGACACCUGAGUUCUACAUGGAGAGGUCCUCUAACUGUCGUUCGACUUGCUGGCACUGCUAUGGCAUAUCUGUUCGAAGGUAUACUCCUACCGAAUGAUUACGGUGGGAAACUACGUGUUUCGGACGACGGUAACUCUAUAGAGAAUGGUCCGGAGCAUUCUAAGCUGGUCUAUGCUUCUCUCAAGAACUUGGUACCGGCUAGAGCCUUACAAUCUCUCAUCUAUGACCACUAUGAAAAGGGUACUAGAGUCUAUCAGGAUACCAACGGUGACCUUGUGACCAUGCCUGCUAGUACUGAUGGCACUGAUCAGUCUAAAUCACCCUACGCCGAGCCAAACAGCUAG